UAGGGCAGGCAGGCCUGCUCCACUCCCCGGGGCCACCCCAUCUCCCUCAGCUUCCCUGCAAGAACCCACUGGGCCACACAUCCUUGCUCAGGUCAUUCUCGCCACUGGAUGGACUCCUCCUCCAGGAAGCCCACUCUGCCCUCCUGCCCUGAGUUCUCUCCCUCCUCCAAGCUCCUUCAGGAGUCACUGCUUUGACACGUAACCAACACCUUCUGAUACUGUCAUUAGUGUUUUCCAAGUCUUGGAAGAGACAGAGAGAUACAUGAAUAAAUAAUUAAAUCAAAGGCUAUGCACGGCUCCGAAUCCUCACUGCCAAUUCCCUAAGAAGUAGUUCCCUUCAUCUUCCACUUUGCCCCUGCCACAGCCAUGAGUGGGCUCCAGAUUCAGGCAUCUAGCUGGUGUUCAGUAAAGCUUGGUGCCAAGGUAGAGACACUCAGCACCAUUUGGCCAUUUGGGAGAGAGAUGGUCAAAUGUGGCUGAAGGCUGCAAGGGGUCCGCAAGGGGCCAUCUGUUGUCACUUGUUUGGGUGAGAGGCACUGCUGUCAUUAAAGGUAUUCGUGCUCACAGGUAAACGGGAGUGUGUUUGAAUUCCCAGACCUAUGUUGACCGAUGUUGAGUUUUGGGAGCACCCAUCACAGGAGGGGUUUGGGCUAAGGCAGGCCCAGCACAGAUGAAGGCAAGAUGUGCAAUGAAUUUGUGCUGAAUUAAUGAGUGAAUUGGGGUGAAUGAAUGAAUGAAUGAAUAGUGGGUAAAUGAAUGACUAAAAGCAGAGCGAAUGAAUGAGUAAAACAAUCAUAAUAGCUAACAUUUAUUGAGCACUCACUAUACACCAGGCAUUACGCUAACCCACCUAUUAAAUGAUUUAAUAUUCGUAAUUAUGCUCUAGGUGGGCAUGGAUGGGUGAGGGAGAGAGUGAGAAUCUGACUCCCGGAUGUCUGAUUUUCCCCAAAUAACUGAGACGCUGGGGGCCCCCAGGAGACCAUCCAAAACCACUACUGCCCACAAGCCAUCAGGGUUUCACUGUGAGACUCCUGACAGUUGGGCCCAGCUGCCUCGAUCCUUGUUGGAGGACCAGGAAGCCGGCCGUAAGCUGCUGCCCUUUCGCUGCACUCACCACGAAAAGGGGUUGACAGUUCAGGUUCAAAAAGAUAAAAAGUGUAACUUUCCUGUGAAGAUUGAGGGUCUGGCCUCAGAGCCCAGUGAAACCCAAGGCUCACUCAGGCCAGGGAAAAUCACCCCUGCCUGACUGGGCUCUCAGCUUGGUUCCACAAGGCCCCACAGAGCUCACAAAGGCAUGAGAUGGGCUGUAACAGCAGAGGUUGGAGCUCAGCUCUCCAGCCACUGCCAUCCACUUUGGCUCCUUUGUUCCUGAAGGAAGCUGUUUCACACCCCCAUAGCUUUGCCCAUGAUGUUCCUUCAUUUUGUAGAGCCCCCACCCCACUCAUACAAAUCCUCCGUCCACUUAGAUAAUACACACUCAGCUGUCAGGAAUCAACACAAAGAUCACCUCCUCCAUGAAGCCUUCUCUGAUUCUCCCCUUCGUGUCCCCACAGCGUCCUCCACCGACAUGAACCACAGACUCAUGACUUGUUAGAGCCCAGGUUCCCAAAUCUGGGGGUGCAAAAAAUUACCUGCAGACUUAUUUAUAAAAUAAAAAACAGAUUUCUGGACCCAAGCCUGUUAUACAAAGGUUUGGGGAGGACUGCUAUUUCCAGCUACAGGCUGUCUACGUCUCGAGAGUGGGUCACAGGACAGCUCUUGGGACUGGGGGAACCUGCAUUGACCUGUUUCACCAAUCAACCUAUUCUGAAAAAUUGAAAGUUGCUCAAGGUUGAUUCAAGGGCGGCAGCGGCUCCAGAGGCAGCAGCGCCGGGUCCCCGUGGAGGUGCUCCUAGAGUUUUCCUGGAGCAGUGGAAGUUCUGACCACAGGGUCAGGACCGACCAGGUUUGUGUUCUCACCAUAGCGCAGGGGCCCGUUCGGUUCCUGUUAGUGCCCUGAGAUCUCCCUCAUCCCCCUGAGUUUCGGAGAAAUGGCUGAAGCUAGUAAGCCCAUGAUGAAGAAAACUUCAAAAUCUGUUCCUUUGGAGAGGAAUAAGAGAGAAAAGGAAAAAUUCCGUAAACUCUUUAUUGGUGGCUUGAGCUCUGAAACCACAGAAGAACGUCUGUGGAACCACUACCAGCAAUGGGGAUAUCUCACAGACUGUGUGUUAAUACGGGACCCUGUAAGCCAAAAAUCAAGAUUUGGUUUUGUCACGUUUUCAUCCAUGGCUGAGGUUGAUGCUGUCAUGGCUGCCAGACCUCAUUCCACUGAUGGGAAAACGGUUACUCCCAAACGUGCUGUCCCAAGAGAGGACUAGGGAAAGCCGGGGGCUCUUGUCACUGUGAAGAAGCUGUUUGUUGGUGGAAUUGCAGAAGAUACUGAGGAACGUCAUCUUAGAGAUUACUUUGAGAAAUAUGGAAAAAUCAAUGCCAUUGAAAUAAUUACUGAUGGGCAGUCAGGCAAGAAAAGAGGUUUUGGGUUUGUUGCUUUUGAUGACCAUGAUCCCGUGGAUAAGGUUGUGUUGCAGAAAAAUCAUACCGUCAAUGGUCAUCAUGCAGAAGUAAGAAAGGCCUUGUCUAGACAAGAAAUGCAAGAAGGCCCAUGUUCUAGAAGUGGAAGAGGAAGAAACGCUGGUUUUAUAUGUUUUCAUGGUGGUGGUGGAAAGUUUGGAGCAGGAAACUUUGGAGGAAGGAACUUUACAGGAGGAUCUGACGGAUAUGGAAGAGGACAUACAUUUGGGGAUGGCUAUCAUGGGUCUGGAGGAGGACCUGGAGGUGGCAAUUUGGGGGGUAGCCCUGGGCAUGGAGGAGGGCGAGGAGGAUAUGGUGGUGGAUAUGGCUACCAGGAUGGGAGCUCCAGAGCUGGUUAUGACAACUAUAGCAGGAGGAAUUAUGGAAGUCAAAAUUACAGUGAUUGGGGCUUCCCUGGUGGCACAGUGGUUAAGAAUCCGGCUGCCAAUGCAGGGGACAUGGGUUCGAGCCCUGGUCUGGGAGGAUCCCACAUGCUGCGGAGCAACUGAGUCCUUGUGUCACAACUGCUGAGCCUGCGCUCUAGAGCCCGCAAACCACAACUACCGAAGCCUACAUGCCUAGAGCCCAUGCUCCGCAAUGGAGAGUAGCCCCUGCUCGCCGCAACUAGAGAAAGCCUGCACGCAGCAACGAAGACCCAACACAGCCAAAAAUAAAUAAAUAAAAUUAAAAGAAAAAUUACAGUGAUUUGGAGGAUUAUAAGCAGAAACGUUCUAAGUACGAAUUACUGAAGAGUGGAAAACUGAGUGGUAGCAGGAACAUGGGGGGAUCAUACAGUGGAGGAAGCUAUGGUCCAAGAGGCAAUGGAGGAAGUGGGGGUUAUGGACAGACAAGAUGAUACUGAGCUUCUUAUUUGCCAUGGGCUUGACUGUAUAAAUAGAGAAUUAGAGCCCAGAAGUAACAGAAGAGCUUUAGGUUAUCGAAAUAACAGUGUUCAGGAAACUCUUAUCUCAGUCAUGCAGGGAUAUGGGAGAAGACACCAGAGCAGGUACACAGAGCCAUUUUGUGAGUGGACUCAAUUAUGUAAGAACAUUACCUUCCUGUGGAGGAAAGACUAUAAAAAAUCCUUUUGAAACAGUUUCUUAGCUUUUGAAUUGUUGUGUCUUUCCAGUGGUCUCUAUAAAAGUGUGGAAGAAUCCCUUCUUUGAUAAUGUCAAAUUUCAAAGUUUUGGGUGACAUGUGAAACCUUUUUCAAGAUUUUUCUCAAAGUUUUGAAAGACUAUUAGCCAGAAUCAUGGUGUAAUAAGACAUAACAUCAUUCUUCUUAAAAAAUCGAUUUCGUGUGUAGAGUUAAGAAGCUGUUGUACAUUUAAGAUUUAAUAAAAUAAUUCUAAAGGUAAAACAGUAGUAGUUUGUCCUCUUUGAUAAUUUUGCACUUUUAGUUUUUACCUUUUAAAUGUUUUUCUUGUUUUAUGAUAUCAAAUUUUGAAGUGUAAUGAUAUGACUUACCUAUAUUAUGAAAUGGUUACCAAAAAAACCUUUUUCUUCUUGUGAUGAAUAGGAUUUACUGCCUAAACAACUUUGAUAGUAUCCUACCGCUGUGCUAAUUUUGGUCUUCUUGUACAUUCCAUCUUUUGUAAU